CCAUGCACCGUCUCCAUGGAGAGAGGCGCGUCCCGCCGCGCGCACGCGCCAUGGAGCCGGGAGCCGGCUGCGCCGGCGGGUGCGGCCCAGGCUGUGGGCAGCGAGAGCCCUUGGGGGGCGCUCUGAGAAGCCGUGUGGAUCCCAGAUGCCAUGGGGAGAGGCCGCCGUGGGUCCAGGGGGACGAGCCCCUGCCUGGGGUGCCUGUGGAGAGGCUCCCCUGCUGCGGGGAGACGCCGACAGCCACCACCAAGAGGCUCCAGGAGACGUCAGACAUAGCCAAGCCCCCCCAGGAGAUAGCAGACACGGAUGAGCCGCCUACUGUGGCCUUACCAGUUGUGCCCAGCAGGGUACCAUCCCCAGAGAGUGGGAAGGAUCCCUCUGGGAUCAAGCUGCCUCCCUGGCUUGGAAAGUGGGGGACCAGCCCCGAGGAGGAGUCCCCCACCACAAUGCCGGCGCUGCCCCCUAUCCCACCCCUGCCAGCAGAGAAGCCCAGCCAGUCGGUGCCCCAGCGGAGCCGUGUGACCCAUGACUGGCACAAGGAGGUACUUGUGGAUCCCUUGGACUCUCGGCCAGGGAAGGAUUUGGGCAGUGAGGACUUCCAGCAUGGCUACCAUGGACUGCCGAUCCACCAGUUUCUCUCCUCACUCACUGACAGCUCCCCCCCGAAGGACUGCCCACCCCUCAGGGCCAUGCUGCUGGGGCAAGGGCAGCGGAAGGCUACAUUGGCAUCCAUGCUCUACGAGAAAUACAGUAAGGAGACAGAGGAGGAGAUCCGUCCGCGCCCGAAGCGCAUGGAAUCUAUCUCCACCACGCACCACGACUACCGUGCCAUGGGUUUCCAAUCCACACCCCAGCCCACCACCCAGCAUCACAAUUACUUAACGGAACAGCCAACCAGCUUCUGGCUGGAGCAAGCCCGUGGAAUGCCGGGUGUCACUGCCCUCUUCGGCAGAAACAUUCCCUUCAAGAGGAAUGCAGACUUCUCCACUCCCAUUACCAUGUACUUAGGGCAUCCUGAGCCCUUCAACCUCUGUGACCCUUAUGACCCCCUGAGCAGACAGCUCCAGCCCCACAAGUAAUAAAAAACAAGGGCACACAGGUGGUCCCAGCA